AUAAGCACGAGUUAGAGCGCGAGGCACGUAGCCCGCCGAGUUAGCAUGCCAGAAAUAUCUCAAUAAAUGGCGUCUUCUGAAAAGAAAAUAUAUCAGCGGUUGCUGGUGUUUGCAGUAUUUCUUUCAAUAUCAGGUGUGUCAUGCUUCAGUGAGCUGUUCUUCAUCAAGGAGCCCCACGACGUGACGGUAACGCGGAGGGACUGUGUCGUUUUGGACUGUCAGGCUCGCGGGGAGACGCCCAUCGCCGUCACCUGGCUGAAGAACGGACUGAGGAUCUCAGAGAACGAACGCGUUUACCUCCUCUCCAACGGCUCCCUGUACAUUUCCGAGGCGGAGGGCAGGAAGGCGGACAAGUCAGAUGAGGGAUUUUACCAGUGCCUUGCUCAGAACAAAUAUGGUGCCAUUUUGAGCCAAAAGGCUCGUCUAACUAUUGCAAGUAUCUCACCAUUCGUGAUCCAGCCCACGUCCACGGCGGUGACAGAGGGAUCUGUGGCCCGGUUCACCUGCCGGAUCACAGCCAGUCCCCCACCAAUCAUCACCUGGGAGUUCAAUCGAGCAACCUUACCCCUAUCCACGCAAAGGAUCACUGCCUUGCCUAACGGAGUUCUGCAGAUCCAUGGGGUGGAACAGGGGGAUGCUGGGAACUACCGCUGUGUGGCCACCAACAUCGCCAGCCGGCGGCGGAGCAUGGAAGCGGCGCUCAUCGUCAACCCGGCUCCGGCUCUCCAGCCCCCGCAGCAACCCCGUAUCGUGGCAGGGCCUCAGAAUCUCACCACGACGCUCCACCAGAAUGCCGUCCUGGAAUGCAUGGCCACCGGUCGGCCCAAGCCCCUCGUCUCUUGGAGCAGGGCGGACCACAAGCCCAUCGACGUGUACAACACCCGGGUGCUGGGGAACGGCAACCUGAUCAUCUCGGACGUCAAGCCGCAGCACGCCGGCGUCUAUGUCUGCAGGGCCACCACGCCUGGCACACGCAACUACACCAUCGCCGCGGCGAACCUGACUGUCCUGGCCCCUCCCUCGUUGGUGGAGUGGCCGGAGAGCCUGACUCGCCCCCGGGCGGGCACUGCUCGCUUCGUUUGCCAGGCAGACGGCGUUCCCCCGCCCCACAUCACCUGGCUGAAGAAUGGGGAGAGGGUGCACUCUAACGGAAGAAUCAAGAUGUACAACAGCAAACUGGUGAUCAACCAGAUCAUCCCAGAGGACGACGCGAUCUAUCAGUGCCUGGCGGAGAAUGAGCAGGGCUCGGUCCUGUCCAUGGCCCGGCUGAUCGUGGUCAUGUCCGAGGACCGGCCCAGCGCCCCUAGGAACGUGCGUGCCGAGACAGUAUCAAGCUCUGCUAUCCUCCUGGCGUGGGACAGGCCCCUCUACAACUCGGACAAAGUUAUCGCCUACUCCGUACACUACAUGAAGGCAGAAGGUCUAAACAAUGAAGAAUAUCAGGUCGUCAUUGGCAAUGACACGACGCGCUACAUUAUCGAUGACCUGGAGCCGGCGAACAAUUACACCUUUUACAUCGUGGCCUACAUGCCGAUGGGAGCCAGCCGUAUGUCCGACCACAUUAUCCAGCACACCCUGGAGGAUGUGCCCCUCCGUGCACCUGAGCUCAGCCUGACCAGCCGCAGCCCCACAGACAUCCAGGUGUCCUGGCAGCCGCUCACGGCCAAGCUGAGCCGCGGUCUUGUGUCCGCCUACCGGCUCUCCUUCCGCACGGCCGCGGAUGCCACAGUGGUCUCCGUGGAGCUCCCGGGCCAGGCCACCCAGUACGUCGUCGAAGGCCUCCAACCAGACACCAUCUACCUGCUGCGCAUCACAGCCGCUACACAGGUCGGCUGGGGUGAACAGUCCGCCUGGACCUCCCAUCGGACGCCCAGGGCCUCCAGCGCUAAAGUGCCUCUGGCUCCAGAGCUCCACCUGGAGCCCCUGAAUUGCACGACCAUCGUGGUGCACUGGCGUCCCUCCCCAGGAAACGCCGGCAUGAUCCAAGGUUACCGUCUCUUCUACCACGAAGAGGGCCAGCCGGAGAGCGCCCCCAUCCAGCUGCCGGGACGCGACACACAGCGCCUCAUCGGCGGCUUAGACCCUAGGCGAAAGUACCACGUGAAGCUCCUGGCCCACAGCUCCAUGGGAGAAGGCUACCAGGCGGACCGGACUAUCAGCACCCCCGGAUGUGUCUCGGUGAGGGAUCGGUUGGUGCCCCCUCCGCCGCCCCCCCACCACGUAUACGCCCAGACCAACAGCUCCACCUCGGUGCACCUGCGCUGGGGCCGUCCCGCCUUCACCACGGGCCAGGCUGUCAACUACACCGUGCGCUGCAAUCCGGUGGGCCUCCAGAAUGCCUCGCUGGUGCUGUACCUGCAGACCGCCAAUCAGAGUCUGCAGGUGUCGGACCUCGAGCCCAACACGCGGUACGAGUUUGCCGUACGCCUGCAUGUUGACCAGCUCUCCAGCCCCUGGAGUCCUGUUGUUUACCAAACCACUCUUCCUAGUGUCCCCAUCCAGCCUCCGUCUGCGCUGAAGGCCACCCUGAUCGAAGACGGCAUGGCGCUGGUGUCCUGGAAGCUGCCCGAGGAGCGCAAUGUGAUCGUGACACGUUACACCAUCCUGUACGCCUCGCGCAAGGCCUGGGUCGCCGGCGAGUGGCAGGUGCUUCACAAGGAAGGAAGCACCACCAUGGCGCUGCUGGAGAACCUUGAGCCCGGGAACAUCUACCUCGUGAAAAUUUCCGCGUCUAAUCAGAUGGGAGAAGGGCCCUUUUCCACCGCCGUGGAGCUGCCAGUUCUCCCUGGAGGUUCCUCGUUGGGUCACAACUCGAAGCACCUUGACGGCUCAGCAGAAGCUGAAGAGUUCUCCAAUGGCUUCUACCAGCUGGAUGAGAAAUCCAUGACCGGCAUCAUCGUGGGAGUGUCUAUCGCACUGGCCUGCAUCAUCAUUUGUGUCUUGAUCCUUGUCUAUAGAGGCAAAGCAAGAAACCCGUUAGCAACUAAGAUAGUUAGACAAGGGAACAAUCAGGCUCAGCGUGGGACACCCCCUCUGGCCCACGAUCAGCAAGCGCAGAACGUUGAGGCCCCCACUCCGGUGACAGGCAGACAUUUUGUGGAUGCAAAGGGUGGGUCGAAUCUAAUAAUCAAUAGUUCCGGCCCGGUAAACCCCAAAAGCCAAAGUAAGAAGAAGUGGCUGUUCUUUGGUAGGGAGGAGAAGCUGAACUUCGGGAGAGGGCAGGUCCAAAGGAGAACGUGCUCCUACCAGCCAGGCAUGACUAUCCUCAGGUACAACGAAGAGGCCCCCUCUUCACCUCACCCGGAAUCCCCGCUCCAGAUCCUUCUGAGAUGCCCAGGGGACACCGAGGGCUCCCAGAACAGCGAGGGAAGCCACGAGACGGGCGACUCGGGGCGCUACUCGCACGACGAAACUGAGAUGACCAACCUGUCCUCCAGCUCUCAGCCGUCGCCCUUGGGCGUGGAGCCUGGAGGAGAUGUGGGGGAGGACCAGGCCUCCGUGGGAGAGCCGACACACCUGGUAGUGGAGAUGGGGUGCUCAGUGGAGACCGUCAACCUUCCUCGAGGCCGGACCCCAGAUUCCCCCCAGUCGCCCCCUCUAUAG